GUUUAGAAACAGGGAGACCUACAAUUUAUGUCACACGUGUUAGGAUUUACAAUGUUGCUGUCCCACGUGUUUAUCCGCACGCCAAUUUCCCGAUUAGGUUAGGAAAAAUUAUCCUCGCGAAGUUCUCUUUUAUUGGCCAUAGCUCUUCGAAAGUGUAGACAAUGGCGUUGGGCUCUUUUUCAUCUUCACCCAGGUUGAGUCCUGUUACCUCUUCGUACAGGAACCCUAGAGUCUCCCUUUGCAAUUUGCAUGUUCUCGGGAGCUUCGUUUCAUGCCCAAAUGGAUUUCGGAAAUCCUAUGUUUGCAUGUUGGCAGGUUCAGCUCCUAAGGCCCCAAAAGCCCGAUUUAUUGCACGGCGCAGAGAAUCUGUGUUGAUUCAACAGCUACAGCGGUCUCUAAGUGAGUAUGUGAGUUUGCCGGCCAGUCAGUACUCUGUGUUGGAUGCUGAAAGGAUUGAGAGGGUUGAUGACAAUACCUUCAGAUGUUACGUUUAUAGGUUCGUUUUCUUUGCUUUAGAGGUUUGUCCUGUGUUGUUGGUCAGAGUGGAACAGGAGCCCAAUGGUUGCUCCAUUAAACUCUUGUCCUGUAAGCUUGAGGGCUCACCGGUUGUGGUUGCGCAGAACAAGAAGUUUGAUGCUUCUAUGGUGAAUCAGAUAUCAUGUAGUGGGGGACAGAGCAACUCACGAGCGCAGCAGCUCACAUCUGAUGCGGUGAUUGAGGUUAGCAUUGAUAUCCCUCUUGCAUUUCGAGCUUUUCCAGUGCAAAUGAUAGAAUCAACUGGGACCCAAGUCCUUGAACAGAUACUAAGGGUUAUGCUUCCUCGCUUCAUGGCACAGCUAGUAAAGGACUACAAGGCAUGGGCUUCAGGUGACACCUCAAGGCAACCUCUUGGAACUGGUGAGAUUUGACACUUGGGAGGGCGGUGGUUUGUGCUUCUGUGUGAGUUGUGUCACUGUCUUGGUAUGCCAUCGGCCUUUAUCUUCAAUCCCGUGUAUAUUUUGUAUGCUUUAAUUUGCGUCUAUUAAUGAAUUGUGAGAAGUUAUUGUAGUU